AUGGGAAAACAAGACUUCGACGCGCGCCCCAGUGUGAUUGUUGUCGGUGCUGGUGCCGGUGGUGUUGCGACGGCUGCGCGCCUCGCUCAGGCCGGAUGCAAAGUAACGCUUGUUGAGAAAAACGACUUCUCGGGUGGAAGGUGCAGCUUGAUACACCGCGAUGGUUACAGAUUCGACCAGGGACCCAGUCUGCUUCUUCUGCCAGAGCUCUUCAAAGAGACAUUCCAGGACCUUGGCACUUCACUGGAGGACGAGGGCGUCCAUCUGGUCAAGUGCAAUCCGAACUACAAUGUCCAUUUCCAUGAUGGGACAAACUUCAAGCUAUCUACCGAUGUUGCGAUCAUGAAAGAGGAGGUAGAGCGAUUUGAGGGCAAGGACGGAUUCGAGCGCUAUCUUGGGUUCCUGCAGGAAGCGCACCGUCAUUACGAGCUGUCGGUUAUCCAUGUGCUGAAGAGGAACUUCUACUCGCUUUUCAGCAUGGUCCGCCCGAGUUUCUUGCGCCAUCUGAUUGCCCUGCACCCUUUCGAGAGCAUAUAUACGCGAGCCUCCAUCUACUUCCGCACCGAGAGAUUACGGAGAGUUUUCACAUUCGCGAGUAUGUACAUGGGCAUGAGUCCUUUCGAUGCCCCCGGAACAUAUAGUCUUUUGCAGUACACGGAGCUCGCUGAGGGGAUCUGGUAUCCCAUCGGUGGGUUCCACAAGGUCAUCGAGGGCCUGGUGAACGUCGGCGAGCGCGCUGGUGUAGAAUACAUGUUCAACAGCCCCAUCUCAGGGAUACAGCUCUCCAACGACGGGAAACGCGCCACAGGAGUUACAUUCCAGGACGGCAGGCCGCCCUUGACUGCAGACCUGGUUGUCUGCAACGCUGACUUGACAUACGCCUACAACGAGCUUCUUCCGAACUCCAGCUACGCCAAAUCCCUCCAAGGCCGCAAAGCUUCGUGUUCGAGCAUAUCCUUCUACUGGGCGCUCGACAAGCAGUUCCCCGAACUCUCAGCACACAACAUCUUCCUCGCAGAAGACUACAAAGAGUCGUUCGACAGCAUCUUCAAGAAACACCUCAUCCCCGACCAGCCCAGCUUCUACGUAAACGUACCCUCCCGCGUCGACCCCUCGGCAGCACCCAAGGGCUGCGACUCCCUCGUCGUCCUCGUGCCCGUCGGGCACCUGGAAGACUACGGCUCCGACGCGCACAAAGGCUCCAAAGACAGCGGCGGCCGGACGCAAGACUUCAACGCCAUGGUGCAAAUGGCGCGCUCCACGAUCCUGAAGACGAUCGAAGCGCGCCUGCACAUCGACGUCGGCGCACACAUUGUGAAAGAAGUCGUAAACACCCCCGUCACAUGGAAGUCCACGUUCAACCUCGACCGCGGCGCCAUCCUGGGCCUGAGCCACAGCUUCUUCAACGUCCUCGCGUUCCGCCCCAAGACCAAGCAUGCAUCCAUUGAGGAUCUGUAUUUCGUGGGCGCGAGCGCGCAUCCGGGGACUGGGGUGCCGAUUGUGCUUGCCGGCGCGAAGCUGGUGAGCGAUGAGAUCCUAGCGAAGCUGAGGAUGGAGCCGAAGGGUAUGGAUAAGGGCGAGAUGGCGACGAUGAGGGAAGAAUACAGGGUCAUGGGGAAGUGGGGAGUGCCGCUCAAGAGCCAUCUAGAUGUGCAGAACAAGACGGCCUAUGCGAUUUGGCUGCAGUGGUGGGUGCCGGUGUUUCUGGCGCUGGUUGCGUUCUACCUCUGGACUGGGACGAGUCGAGGGGUGAGUGUUUUGUCGUAA